AUGGCUGGACGCGUCCGGCCGCUCUGGCUGCUCCACGCCGCCUGCGCGGCGCUCCCCGCGGCGUGCAUCUUCCACUGCGGCGGGCAACUGGCGACGACGAAGCUCGCGAGCGUCCUCAUGGUCGGCCUUCGCCUCGCGACGCAUGCGGUCACACGCAACCCCGCGAUCAUCGUGAUAGACGACGUCGUCGCGCUCACGGCGCGCACGGCAGCGAUGUUCGUGCUGGCUGUGCUGCUGGGGGCCUCGCUCUCCGCGCUCCCAGAAACGCUCGUGUGGGCGCUGUACGCGGCUGCCGCCACCAGCAGUCCCAGAGCUCUCCAGGCGUACUGGUUCCACGGAGCGCGGUACCGCCCGCUCGCCCUGCUCGCCAGCUGCCUGGUGCCGUACGCGGGGCCGUCCGCGGCGCUCAAGGGAGAGCCGAUGCCGACGGACCACCAGAUCAUGGGCGCAACGGUCGCGGCGGGGGGGGUGUUGGGGGGUGGAAGUAUUCUUCUCGACUGGCAGCAGACGUGGCAGAUCUGGCCGACGCCCGUCAUCCGCGGCAUGGCCGUCGCGGCGCCCCUGGCGUGGCUGAUCAUGGUCGUCUGGUCGAGGCCGCCCUGGCCGGAGGCGAGCGGCGUAGCUGCAGCCUCCCCGCGACGCAAGAAACGGGCGUGA